UAUGCGGGCCAUGAAGUUGUUCAUUGCUGUGAUGUUCUCACCUGAAACAAUUUUUCUUGAGACCAUCCCUGCAAUUCCUGGAAGGAUUUUUCAAUCAAAUAUCACUCACAACCGUAGCUUGGAAGAAUUGCAUGAUGCUGGCGAAAUAAUGACGCACAGUCUCUUGAUUCUGUUGAGAGAUUGGCAAAUUGUGACCAUUUUUUUUUUUUUGCACUGCGGGGAGGAGAGGUUCAACACUUACCAAAUGAAUGGAUUUCAAUACUCAUGGAAUGAAUAA